AAUACGUUUAUGUAGGAAUGGCGGAAAAAGAGAAAGAGAAAGAGAAAGCGAAGGAGAAUGGUGAAGUGACGACGGUGACGGAAUCGGCGGCUGGGGAAUUAGAGGAGUUGCCGAAGACAAUUGUCCGGCGGCUGGUGAAAGAUAAGCUCUCUCAGCUCUCUGCCGAGUCUGAAAUCACCGUUUUCCGCGAAGCCCUGCAGGCCUUCUCCGAAAGCGGUCGCAUCUUCAUCCACUACCUCACCGCCACUGCAAAUGAUAUAUGCAAGGAGUCGAAUAGGCAGAUAAUAAAUGCCGAGGAUGUUUUGAAGGCGCUUGAGGAGAUAGAUUUUCCAGAGUUUGUUCAGCCUCUCAGGGCCUCUCUUGAAGAAUUUCGCCAAAGGAAUGCUGGAAAGAGAUCAGGAUCUUCGAAGGCCAAGGAAGCUGAUAGAAAGGGCAAAAGGAAAGAGCCACCUACAGCAGAAGCGGAAGAUGAGCAAGAUGCAACUAAAAGUGAUGAAAGUGAAGAUGGUGCUGAUGACUGAGGAGAUUUUUCCCCAAGUUAGCAUAGCCACCCCCCCCCCCCCUUUCCUCCUCCUCUUCUCUCUUAAGAAGGUAGCCAAGCAUAAAUUAUAGUAAUACGGUCCAGAUGGAUAUAUUGGGUAUGCUUGAGCGUGUGUAGCCUAAGCCUACUGAAAGUUGACGUGGUUUACAAAAUUGGCAUUUUUGGUGCAGUUUCACUUGCUAUAUUAGGCUUUUCUUUGGUCUUCUUGAAA